CCGCGCGUCUCCUCUCCGACUGCCCUCGGCGGCCGGUCCCCCGCUCCCUGUCCUUCGCCCCGUUGACCGCUCCUCCCGCGCCCCUCUCGCUAGCGCUCCGCGCGGCCCGCGCGCCCCUGUCUCUGUCCCCCGCGACUCCUCGGCCCGGCAUGGAGAGCUCCGGCAAGAUGGAGAGCGGCGCGGGCCAGCCGCCGCAGCCCCCGCAGCCCUUCCUGCCGCCCGCAGCCUGCUUCUUCGCUGCGGCGGCCGCCCAGGGCGCGCAGCCGCCGCCGCCGCCGCCGCCGCCAGCGCCGCAGCUGAGCCCCGCGGCCGACGGCCAGCCCUCAGGGGGCGGUCACAAGUCGGCGGCCAAGCAGGUCAAGCGCCAGCGCUCGUCCUCCCCGGAACUGAUGCGCUGCAAGCGCCGGCUCAACUUCAGCGGCUUCGGCUACAGCCUGCCGCAGCAGCAGCCCGCCGCCGUGGCGCGCCGCAACGAGCGCGAGCGCAACCGCGUCAAGCUGGUCAACCUGGGCUUCGCCACCCUCCGGGAGCACGUCCCCAACGGCGCCGCCAACAAGAAGAUGAGCAAGGUGGAGACCCUGCGCUCCGCGGUCGAGUACAUUCGGGCGCUGCAGCAGCUGCUGGACGAGCACGACGCGGUGAGCGCCGCCUUCCAGGCCGGCGUCCUGUCGCCCACCAUCUCCCCCAACUACUCCAACGACUUGAACUCUAUGGCGGGUUCUCCGGUCUCUUCCUACUCCUCCGACGAGGGGUCCUACGACCCUCUCAGCCCAGAGGAACAAGAGCUGCUGGACUUUACCAACUGGUUCUGAGCGGCUGCCAGGCCCUGCUGAGAAUGGACCCUGGGAGCAGGGUAGCUGCGGAUCCCGCAUCUUUAGUGUUUCUCGCCAGCAACGCUGAAGUUGGGGGGAGGGGGAGAAAAGCCAGAAAAGAAACAGAAAACAAACACAAGCAGACAGACAACCUCAAGGGGCACCUUGACUAACGU